CGCGUGCCGUAAGCCUUUUUAACGCUUGUUACCGAGUGUUCGUGUGAGUACCAGUUUUGGGCAACUGUCCUUUCUUGUAACUGCGGACCUCUUUGGGAGGACACCUCCCAAAACACAUCAGAAGCACACAAUGCAACCAGUGGCCUUUGCGGAUGUAGCUGUGAUCUUCACUGUAGAAGAGUGGACGAUGUUGGAUGAUAGGCAAAAGAAACUCUACAGAGAUGUGAUGAAGGAAACAUUUUUGAACCUGCUCUCCAUAGAGGAAACACUAGAAGAAAAUAUUGAAGAGGACCACAGAGAUCUCAGCCGAAAUCUGGGAACUCCAGUGGUUGAGAAAGACUGUGGAUAUCAGCGUGAUACUGAGUGUGAUGAAAACCAGGAAUCUACUCCAGAGAAUAUGGUUAAUAAAGACAUGCCUCCUGCAAAGACAGUAUAUGAAAGCAGAUUACAUGAAAGGGACAUCAUUGGUCAUUCAUCCUUACAAGUUUAUCAAAGAGACCAAAGUAGAAGCAGUGAAUUUAAAUGUAAGGAAGCUGUGGUGAAGUCUUUUAAACCAACAAAACAUUGGGAAGAUAUCAGUCAUUCUGAAUCACUUCAGGUACUUGAAACCUCUCCCAGAGACAAACCUUAUAAAAACCAACAAUAUAAUGAAACCUGUAGGAGUCUUCCUUCUGAUCAGCCUCUGGAGAGAACUCACACUGGAGGUAAACUCAGUGAGAACAUCUUAAAGAGAUGUACACAUGGCCGGAAAGAUCAGGGAAUCCAUACAAGAGUGAAACCCUUUGUAUGUAAGCAUUGUGAAGAAGCUUUCAUUGAUUCCAGUGACUUCGUCAACCAUGAAAAAAGUCGUCUUGGAGAGAGAAGUUACAUUUGUAAUUGUGUGAAGUGUUUUGAGAAGCAUAAAUUAACGCACAGAGAAGUAAAGCCUUAUAAAUGUAAGCAUUGUGGAAAAGCUUUCACCCAUUCUAGUAAUUGUAACAUUCACGAAAGAAGUCACUGUGCCGAGAAGCCUUAUGCACAUAAGCAUUGUGAAAAAACCUUUACCAGUUCCAAUUCUUGUAACACUCAUGAAAGAAUUCACACUGGAGAGAAAUUGGAUACAUGUAAACAUUGUGACAAAACCUUUGCUACUUUGAGUUCUCAUGACACGCAUGAAAGAGUUCACACUGGAGAGAAGCCUUGUGCAUGUAAGCACUGUGAAAAACCUUUCACCGUUCCUAGUCUGUGUAACUGCCACGAACGAAAUCAUAAUGUAAAGCCUUCUUAUACCUGUAAACAUUGUGGAAAAGCCUUCACCACUUGCUAUUUUCGUAACGUUCAUGAAAGGAUUCACACUGGAGAGAAGCCUUACUCGUGUAAGCACUGUGGAAAAGCUUUUACCCGCUCCGUUUAUCUUAAGAAACAUGAAAUCACUCACACUGGAGAGAAGCCUUAUGCAUGUAGGCAUUGCCAAAAAAGCUUCUCCACCUCGUAUUGUCGUAACCUUCAUGAAAGAAUUCACUGUGGAAAGAAGCUUUAUGAACGUGAUCAUUGUGGAAAGGGCUUGACUAGUUCUACAUACCAUACCAUUCAUGAAAGAGUUGAUACUAGUGAGAAACCUUGUGUAUGUAUUCUUGUGGCAAAACCUUUGCCAUUUUAAGUUCCUGUCAUAAUCAUAAAAGAAUUCACUUGUAAGCAUUAUGGAAAACCCUUCGCCCGAUCCAGUUAUCUUAAUAUUCAGCAAAGGAGUCACAGUGUAGAGAAACCUUAUGCAUCUAAGCAUCGUCGAAAAGAACCUUCACUUCCUGUUGGCAUGACAGUCGUAAAGGGCAUCACACUAGACAGUAGGCAAAUGGAUGUAAGCAUUGUGGGAAAGCCAUCAUAAGUUCCACUUGCCACAAGAAUCGUAAAACACUGGAAAGAAUCCUUAAGCAUGUAAGCACUGUGGAAAAGCCUUCCCCACUUCCAGUUGGUGUAACACUCAUGAAAGAUUAGAAGAUGCCAUACAUCUGUGAUCAUGUGGAAAAAAGCCUUUAGCGAUCAUAGUUCUGAUUAUAUCCAUAAAAGAAUUUCAUAGUGGUGAAAAACUUUGAAAUGGAUGUGCAAAAUUAAUUCAUAGUGUUCAGAAACAUCUUCCAUAUAGCCAGAGUAUGCCUGCAUUUCUGUUUCACAUCCCUAUACAAACCCACAUGAUCUCACGGUGACAAGAGGUGCAGUGGGUAGCACUUCUACCAGCGUAAGUAUGCGGUGCUGCAUUUGAUCAGCUCACCUCCAUUGUGAGGGUUGAAAGAAAACUGGUUGGGUCAUGAGGUGCAUCAGCUAAGAGUAGUUCUCAUGCAAAACCUGAUUAUCUCAGAUACCUCCCUGGGUCUUACACUGUGUAAAUAAAAACCCAAGUCUUGAAAGUUGUAUUCUGACAUCACAUGCAUACCUCCCAAUAAAUACAUACACAGAGACUUACAAGUGAGUAAUGAAGUGAAUAAAAUGUUCAAAACAGUGGAAACAAAAACUAAUAGAUACAUUUUUAAAUGUAGAAACAUUGUGAGAGAACAAAGUAUAAUUAUUUUUUGUUGGUGGUUCUGUUUUGAUUUUUGAGACAGG